AUGCCCUUCCUCCUCACUCUCUCUCUCUCUCUCUAUUGUAUCUUCUUUCGAGAUCUUUUUCUUUCUUCACGUCUUUUUCCUCUUUGCCACUCUUUCUUAAUCUCUUUCGAGAUCUUUUCCUUUGUUCACGCCCUUCUCUUCUCUCUCUCUCUCUUUCUUUUUCUCUCUCUCUCUCUGUCUCUCUCUAUUUUCUAUUCGUGUUUAUGUAUCUAUCUAUGCUCAUAUUUAUCUAGUCCUAUUUCAUCCUAUCUAUCUAUCUAUCUAUCUAUCUAUCUAUCUAUCUAUCUAUCUCUAAAGCCAGUAGGUGUGUUAUUGUCAUCAUCGAAACUAAAAUGUAAUUCUCUCGUUCUCAAUCUAUCUAUCUAUCUAUCUAUCUAUCUAUCUAUCUAUCUGCAAUCAGUUACUUCAUUGUCUAUUUCAUUUUUUUUAUAUCUAUCUAUCUAUCUAUCUAUCUAUCUAUCUAUCUAUCUAUCUAUCUAUCAGUCACUUCAUUGUCUGUCAUUUUUCUAUCUAUCUAUCUAUCUAUCUAUCUAUCUAUCUAUCUAUCACAGUCACUUAAUUGUCUGUUUCAUUUUUUAUAUCUAUCUAUCUAUCACAGUCACUUCAUUGUCUAUUUCAUUUUUAUAUCUAUCUACGUAUCUAUGUAUGUAUGUAUGUAUCUAUCUAUCUCAGUUACUUCAUUGUCUAUUUCAUUUUUUUUUAUAUCUAUCUAUCUAUCUAUCUAUCUAUCUAUCUAUCAGUCACUUCAUUGUCUGUCAUUUUUCUAUCUAUCUAUCUAUCUAUCUAUCUAUCUAUCUAUCACAGUCACUUAAUUGUCUGUUUCAUUUUUUAUAUCUAUCUAUCUAUCACAGUCACUUCAUUGUCUAUUUCAUUUUUAUAUUUAUCUACGUAUCUAUCUAUCUAUCUAUCUAUCUAUUAAUCAAUCUAUCUAUUAAUCAAUCUAUCUUUUUAAUUAACACUAUAUACCGGAAUAAUUGA